AUGGACGUGAUGAACCGCUAUUCCUCGGAACUGCCGGACAACCAGUACCUGCACCAGGCAAGGGGCUUCGACCAGAGCUACUUCGAGUCCUUCGCGAAGGAAGAGGAGACUGUAAAAAAUCCGGAGAUGUACGACGUCAACACUUACGAUAGUUUCAUGUCCACUACCAGCGACUUGACCGAUUUGAGCUCGUUAUCCGAGGCCGAGAAGAAAAACACGAGAGGUAGAAGAAAAAAUGUGGUGCGGGACCGCCCCACUUCCCCCUCCAUAAUGAAGAAACGAAGAUUAGCCGCUAACGCAAGAGAGCGACGGAGGAUGAAUGGACUGAAUGAGGCCUUUGACAGAUUGAGAGAAGUCAUCCCCAGCUUGGACGCUGAACACAAACUCAGCAAGUUCGAAACGUUGCAGAUGGCACAGACGUACAUAUCGGCUCUCAGGGAAUUACUUGAAAAAAGUGACAUGAACAGGUAA